UUGUCCUCCACCUUUCUGGGAUCUUUCAACUGUGUUGUUGCUUUGUUGUUGUUGUUGACAGGUGAUGAAGUGAUUUGGUCAGUUAGUGGCCUAGAGAUUAGGAUUGACUUGUAGAAUCCCAGGACUCACCUGUCCAGGACUCAUCGGUCUAGGACUAACAGGUCCAGGACUCACCUGUCCAGGAUUCAUCGGUCUAGGACUAGCAGGUCCAGGACUCACCUGUCCAGGAUUCAUCGGUGCCGGACUCAUCGGUGCUGGACUCAUCAGUCCAGGACUGAACCGAGCCCCCCACAGCACCCCGGGCAGUCAUGUGCUGUUCUCUAAUGUUCACUGAAGGAUGUGGGGUUAAUAAAGUUAUGAAUCUAAUCUAUGAAAGAUGAUCUGAUCUGGUCUGAGGUCUGUGCUGCAGCGCAGCUGAAACCUCUUUAUUGAUCCGUUUUGGGGGAGGGUCGACUCACUGCCAAUCACAGCGGCCUCUCUGUGGGACGUCACAGUCCUUCUGCGUUGCCAUGGUUACCACCUUGAGAUGAUCCGGUUACCAUGGUGACUUACAGAUUACUGUUCUGCUCAGUAACGAUCACUAACGGCUCUGAUCGAUCAGCUGAUCAGUCUCUCUUCUUUUAUCUUUGACCUGAUUAAUAACCGUCCGUGACGUCACUCCGCUUCCUGUCAGACCGGAAGCUGCUGGUGUGUCGCUUUGCGGGUUUUCUCCUCCUCCUCCACCUCCUCCUCCGCAGUGAUGCUCCCGGUGGGCCUGGCCGGCCAAGGCGCUCUGUCUGCCGGACUCUAGAGCUCUCCGUCAUGGUGCAGAAGUCCAGGAACGGCGGAGUGUUCCCCGGAGCUCCGGCCGACCAGAAGAAGCUGAAGGUCGGCUUCGUGGGUCUGGAGGCCGGGGGGACCGAGUCCAGCAGGGACGGAGCUCUGCUGAUAGCAGGUGUGGAGGAGGGUCCCCGGCGGCAGCGCAGCAGCGUCUCUGGAGGAAAGAAACCUCCAAAGAGAAACGCUCUCUACAGACGACUGCAGAACUUUCUGUACAACGUGUUGGAGAGACCGCGAGGAUGGGCCUUCAUCUACCACGCCUACGUGUUCCUGCUGGUGUUCUCCUGCCUGGUUCUGUCCGUGUUCUCCACCAUCAAAGAGUAUGAGAAGAGUUCAGAGGACGCUCUCUACAUCUUGGAAGUGGUGACCAUUGUGGUGUUUGGGGUCGAGUAUAUGGUGAGAAUCUGGGCUGCAGGUUGCUGUUGUCGCUACAGAGGAUGGAGAGGACGACUCAAGUUCGCCAGAAAACCUUUCUGUGUCAUUGACAUCAUGGUGCUGAUAGCGUCCAUCUCCGUGUUGGCGGCGGGGACUCAGGGGAAUGUCUUUGCCACUUCAGCCAUCCGGUCGCUUCGUUUCUUGCAAAUUCUGAGGAUGAUCCGGAUGGACCGCCGCGGAGGAACCUGGAAACUGUUAGGAUCAGUGGUCUACGCCCACAGCAAGGAGUUGAUCACGGCGUGGUAUAUCGGCUUCUUGUGUCUCAUUCUGGCGAGUUUCCUCGUUUAUCUGGCAGAAAAAGAGGACAACGAGCAGUUUGAGACAUACGCAGAUGCCCUCUGGUGGGGACUGAUCACCUUGACGACCAUCGGUUAUGGCGACAAGUUCCCCAUCACCUGGAAUGGACGCCUGCUGGCAGCGACCUUCACGCUGAUCGGAGUUUCAUUCUUCGCUCUGCCUGCUGGAAUCCUGGGUUCUGGUUUUGCUCUGAAGGUUCAGGAGCAGCACCGACAGAAACACUUCGAGAAGAGGAGAAACCCAGCGGCUGGACUCGUCCAGGCGGCGUGGAGGGUUUACGCCACCAACCUUAGCCGAACUGAUCUGACUUCAACCUGGGAUUAUUACGAGAGGACGGUCUCCGUACCCAUGUACAGGUUGAUUCCUCCUCUGAACCAGCUCGACCUGCUGAGAAACCUCAAGAACAAAUCAGGACUCUCCUUCAGGAAGGAUGUCCAGCCUGAACCGUCUCCCAGUCAGAAGGUCAGUCUGAAAGAGCGAGUCUUCUCGUCUCCGCGGAGUUCGGGCACCAAAGGGAAAGGUUCUCCUCAGCACGUGGUCCCCACAGUUGCUCCUGGUGUGAGUCCUGGAGGUCCUGGAGUUCCUGGAGGCAUGGGGACUGUCCAGGCCCUGCGACGGUCCCCCAGCAUGGAACCCAGUCUGGAGGAGAGUCCCAGUAAGGUUCCUAAGAGCUGGAGCUUCGGAGAACGUAGCAGAACCAGACAGGCCUUCAAGAUCCGAGGAGCGGCCUCCCGCCAGAACUCUGAAGUGCUGAUAGAGAUGCAGGACGAAGAGUUCAGACAGAAGAGCUCCCCAGAUGCCAGCCUGCCAGGAGAAGACAUGGCCGAUGACAAAAGCUGCCACUGUGAGUUUGUGCCUCAGGAUCUGACGCCGGGGUUAAAGGUCACCAUCAGAGCCAUCUGUAUCAUGCGUUUCAUGGUGUCCAAGAGGAAGUUCAAGGAGAGUCUUCGUCCGUAUGAUGUGAUGGACGUCAUCGAGCAGUACUCCGCCGGACACCUGGACAUGCUGGCUCGCAUCAAGAACCUCCAGUGCAGGGUCGAUCAGAUCGUCGGCAGGGGAACACCAAUCACUGACAAGGAUCGUCCCAAAGCAGCCAAUGAGGAGCUUCCUGAGGACCCGAGCAUGAUGGGACGGCUGGGGAAGGUGGAGAAACAGGUCCUGUCCAUGGAGAGGAAGUUGGACUUCCUGGUGAACAUCUACGUCCAGCGGAUGGGGAUUCCUCAGGCAGAGACCGACGCCUACUUCGGGUCAAAGGAGCCGGAACCGGCCCCGCCGUACCACAGUCCAGUCGACCAACUGGAGAAGAGCCAGUCCAUCUCCAAGAUCCACCAGGUGUUGCCGGCUGACCACCCUGAGAAGAGUCGUCACAUGGUGAAGAUGGUGCGCUCCAGCAGCUCCACCGGACACAGGACCUGCAGCGCCCCGAGUUGCCCGCCCUCCACCUCCUGGCAGCCAAUCAGUUCCCAGCUCCACCAGCAAGCCCCACCCCCUCCCCAUCAUAGCCACGGCACCACUCCGAGUCCAGUGGGGGACGGAUCGCUGGUUCGACUCCCGCCGCCUCCGGCCGGAGAGAGACACGGCGGGAACCGAUCGAACCGCCACAGCACUGGAGCGGAGAGACCUGAGAGGGCCAAUGGGAGCGGGGGAGGAGGCAGUGAGGAGGCGAAGCCGGACAGCGACGCCUCCGUCUCCAUCCCGUCCGUGGACCAUGAGGAGCUGGAACGCUCCUUCAGCGGGUUCUCCAUCUCGCAGUCCAGAGAGAAUCUGGACUUCCUCAACAACAGCUUCUACACCGCCGGAGCUCUGGGAGACCACCGAGGAGGAGGGGGCGCCACCCGCCGCGCUGCCGUCCGGCCGUACAUCGCUCAGGGCGAGUCGGACUCUGACUCAGAGCUCUGUGCGCCUUCGCCACACUCGGACAGGGCCUGGACUGGAACCAAGUAGAGACUGAACCAGAACAGAACCAGAACCUGCAGAGACUUGAAACACCAGCUGGAGCUGGAGAGUGAAGCAUCAUGGGAACUUAGCGAGUGACAUGUGACUCUGACACGCUCACACCUGAUUGGUUCACAGCUAGGACAUGCUCACACCUGAUUGGUUGCUUGUAUACACUAUUAUCUGCAUCACAUGACCGUACUUCACCGUCACAUUUAUUGUUUUAAAAAAACUCAAACAUCAUAAGCAAAAACAUCCUUAUGACAAAAUGUUUUUUUGUUUGUCGGAGUCGUCCUGUAAAACUGUGAUGGAAGUUUAUUCUGCUUGCUACAGGCAGCUGACAGACUUUUUCUGCUGCAGAAUCAUUUUUUAUUGCCACCGCCUCCCACACAGUCACCCUUAAUUACCUGUAAUUACCUGUAAUCACCUGUAAUUACCUGUAAUCACCUGUGAUUACCUGUAACCCAACAGAACUCGUCUAGGAACUCGUCGUUCCUGGAGGAUGCUCCAGUGUUGUUCUGAAUCUUUAACUUUUCUUUUGGAAAGUUUCUAAAUAUCAGUGGAGCUCUUGCCUGGUUACAGCAGCUAAACUGUGAUUAGAUAAUCCCACAUGACGUCAUAAAAAAAGAUAGUUAGUGGCGCCCUCUGUUGGCUGUAGUGAUGAUGACCGAUGCAGAGGCGUUACGCCAUGUGACAGCGAAGGCGGGAAUCCAGAGGGGCAAAUGGCGUUCGUGUCCUGUGUGAAAACAAAAGUAAACAAUGUGGAUUGAAUCACGUCACUUAACCUCCAGGCGUCUUGUUUUUACAUAACUAGCGUAGCUAUGUGACUUCCGGUAGUUACAUGCAUUUAUUUGACUUUUUAAACGAUCUUUUAUGACGCCUAACCUUCGUCCUGCGAUCGUUACGUUUUCUGUACUUGGACGGGAUGAAAGUCUGGCAAAAAAAACAAACAAUAUAUGAGGUUGUACGGUUUGAAGGACUUUUAAAUUUAAACUGUUAAUUAUUUCAUAAUUAAUAUUCAUGGUAUUAAUAUUGCUUAUAUAACCCAGCGACAGGAAUGUAAACGAUAAUACUUAAGGCAGUCAGGAGGAUCAGUCUCACUUCAGGAAAUAAGAUAAACCUACCAAAAUAAGAGUCUCUUACUGCCUCUGAACAAAGUGUUCAAUUCCUGACCAGCAGCGGCGUCAUCGUUCAGCCCCGCCCUCAGAAACAUCUGAUCAAUCAGCUGAUCAAUCAGUUCUCCUUUGAUUGGUUCAUGAAAGCGACCUGUUACUGUUCCCAUGGAGACCACAGCGCCUUUGUCGUCAUUAAUGAAGUGAAACUAAAAUAAUUUAAAGAAUUAAAGUUUUUGUUAAGAAUUUUCAUCGUCUGCCUGUCAGUCGUCUGUCAGUCAUCUGUCUGUCUGUCUGUCUGUCAGUCGUCUGUCUGUCUGUCAUCUGACCGUCUGUCGUCUGACUGUCAGUCGUCUGACUGUCAGUCGUCUGACCAUCUGUAGACUGUCUGUCAGUCGUCUGUCUGUCUGUCUGUCUGUCAUCUGACUCAGUCGUCUGACCGUCUGUCGUCUGACUGUCAGUCGUCUGACUGUCAGACGUCUGACCAUCUGUAGACUGUCUGUCAGUGGUCUGUCCGCCUGUUUGUCCAAACAUUGAAACAUAAUUUUACUUGAACAUCCAAACCACAUGAUAAUAUUUGUUUCCACAGAGACGUCUGUCAGUUGUUUAAGUUAAAUCCUAUAAAUGUUCCAGAGAAGAAGCGGUACGACUAAAUGUUGAUCUUUUGACACAGACUGUAUGUUUGUGCAGAACUUUGCCUGUUUGAUUGUAUUUCAGUAUUGAUUAAAAACCUUUAACCACAAUAAACCCUUUUCACUCUGUU